CCCAAACUCAACUUAAUGAGGCCAAUACUAAACGACAAAAAGCCGAACAAGAACGUGACCGCUAUCAGCAAGAUUACCAAAAUGAAAAAACGCGGGCGAAUAAUUUACAAACCCAGUUAGACAGUCACAUUUGCUCUGCUCCUCCUACUUGUUCUCAUACUGAUUACGAACAAAUUAAAAAUGAGCAGGAUAAUUAUAAAUCACAAUUAGAACAGCAAGAAAAAGAAUUAACCCAAAAAUUAAAUACUGAUUUAAAUCUUAACUUAAAAAACGAGCCUAAAUUAGAACAAGUAAUUACUCGCCUACAAGAGUUAUUACGCCAACCAAGCUUCCCUCCAAAAAAUAUGAGUGGAGAAAAUUUAGAAAUGGUUAAGCAAAUUGAUUUACGAAUGCUCCAAAAUGCUUUCUCACAAAUGACUAGGACCGAAACCCAAGCCAUUGAACAAACUAUAAGUUACCAGCAAUUAGCCACUGUUCGUAAUGAAAUAAUCAGAAAAUACCUCACUAAUAACACUCAAACAAUUAGUCCACCAAAAGGGCAAUUGAUUAAACCUGAAAGUAAAUUGCCUUUAAUAUUAAUUGGUUGCGGAGCAGGAAUAUUAUUAACACUGGCUAUAAUUCUAAUAAAACUGGGAACAAAUAGAACGAUUAAAAAACCACUA